AUGGAGGUGUCAUUUGAGGUAGCUCUUUGUGUAAGUGUUGUGGGGAUGUUGAGUUGGAUUGCUUUUAAGUACAGUGUUGUGUGGUGGAAGUGGGAGAGAGUGAGAAGGAAGUUGAGAGUGCAAGGAAUAAGAGGGCCUCCUCCUUCUAUUGUGUAUGGCAAUAAUGUGUCUGAAAUGCGAAAAUUACAAUCUCAGCCUAAAUCUGCUCCUCUACUCUCCUCUAUCCACUCUCAUCUUUUAAUGGCUCAUGACUACAAUUCCAACCUCUUCCCUUACUUUGAACAUUGGCGAAAACAAUACGGUCGACAAUACACGUGCUCUACAGGGGAGAAGCAGUGCCUAUUUGUGAACGAACCAGAGAUGCUGAGAGAGAUGAACCAAUGUUUUACUUUGAACUUUGGAAAGCCCUCUGAUACAACCAACAUUCUCGCUCCCUUACUUGGAAAUGGCAUUUUAAGAGCAAAUGGGCUUAGUUGGGUGCACCAGAAGAAGCUUCUGGCAGAUGAGUUUUUCAUGGACAAAGUUAAGGAUAUGGUGGGGCUCAUGGUAGAAUCGGCACGGCCUUUGCUAUCAAAAUGGGACCAAUCAAUUAAUAGUGAGAACGGAUUUGGAGAAGUCGAAGUUGAAGCAGAUUUGAGGAGCUUCUCAGCUGACGUCAUUUCUAGGUUUUGUUUUGGUCAUUCUUAUUCUAAAGGAGAAGAGAUUAUCUCAAAACUUAGAAGUAUAAUGAAGCUUAUGUUCAACAAAGGUGGCUUCAUUUUCGGACUCUCCAGUUUUCGGGGCAUGUUUGAUUUAUUGACAAGGAAGGAAAACGAGGUGAGUAAAUUGGAAAGAGAGAUAGAGUCACUGAUAUGGGAGUUAGUGGACAAACGUAAGCAAGAACAACACUCUUCAGAGACAAGGUCAUCUAAGAAGGAUCUGAUGCACUUACUUUUGGAAGCAUCCAAAAGUGAUGAAAAUGUAGGUCAAGAGUUCUCCAAGAAAUUCAUAGUGGAUAAUUGCAAGAAUAUAUACUUUGCUGGGCACGAGACCACUGCUCCUGCUGCCACUUGGUGUUUAAUGCUUCUUGCUUUACACCCUGAAUGGCAAACUUCAAUCAGGGAGGAGAUUGCUCAAGUUUGUCCUAAUGGAAUCCCAGAUGCAGAUUCUCUCCCCAACCUUAAAAAGAUGACAAUGGUAAUUCAUGAAUCUUUGCGCUUGUUUCCACCGGGACCUUUCUUGUCAAGGGAAGCAUAUGAAGAUAUCCAAAUAGGAAACUUACUUGUUCCGAAAGGAGUUUGUUUAUGGGUUCUAAUUCCAAUGUUGCAUAGAGACCCUGUUAUCUGGGGACCAGAUGCUAAUGAGUUCCAACCAGAGAGGUUUAAUGAUGGUGUCUCUAAAGCUUGCAAAUUCCCAAAUGCAUAUGUGCCUUUUGGAGUGGGUAAUCGCUUGUGCUUGGGGAAGUACUUUGCAAUGGUGGAAUUGAAGGUUGUGCCAGCACUUAUUAUCUCUCGCUUUAGCUUCUCUCUUUCACCAAAUUAUAAGCACUCUAUAGUGUAUAGAAUCUCUUUGCAACCAGAAUAUGGAGUACCUCUCAUCGUUCAAAGGAUUUAA